GAUUGUGUAACGUAGACCGCUGUGAUUGGCUUCAAAUUAUUUUCUUGUUAAAACUAACCCUUUAAAAACACUCAACACCUGGGCUGUUCAGUACUCAGGUUUUAGUCUAUAUUUAAUCCACAGGUUCUCGGUUGGAAUCCCGCAUCAAAGAUCGCAACAUGGUUGAGCAGUUUGUUGGAACAUGGAAGAUGAUUUCCACUGAGAACUUUGAUGAACUUCUGAAGGAAAUUGGUCUGGGAGCAGCCAAACGGCACGAGGCAAACCAGAUCAGACCAACCUUCACAAUGAGCGUGGAUGAUCAGGGGGUGAUUUCCGUGAAGUCUCUGAAUAUCUUCAAAACCCUUAGCAAGUUUAAGCUGAAUGAGCCAUUCCUUAAGCAGGUUAUGAACGAUAAGGACACUAGGACUGUGAUAACUCUGGAAAAUGGGAAGCUUUUUCAGAAGCUCCUGGAGGGAGAUGGAAAGUUCACUGUGGAGAGGGAGAUCUCAGAGGGAAAAAUGAUUGUGAGAUCCAGAAUGGGAAAUGUGGUGGCAGUGAGGACCUUUGAAAAGGAGUGAAAGUGCUCCAGGAUGAGAAACCCAGCUGGAUUCAUCGGUCUAUUCCUAAAAUGACAAGUUGUGCCCUUGUUCUUUAUUUUCAGCCUUCUACCAACUUGAAACACUAAUGUGUUUUGUUUGGAACCGCUGUGAUGCUGAUUAAAUAAAAAUAAAUUAAAUAAGUAAACUAACUUUUAAUGAAAAAAUAAAUGA